AUGGCGGCCACUGCUUCCGUUGCAGCCUCCAUUUCCAAAUCUUUAUUUCUCUAUCCUUCGUCCAAUUCCUCAGUACCCACUUUCAGAUUCAGUGUUCCUUUUCACCGACCUGCCAGAGUCAUCUCCCACCGCCGCCCUCUCCAGAUCUUUAAUGUCCAGUCCAAUGCUAUACCCAUCACUACCACUACCACCACCACCACAGAAAAGCAAUCGGAUACUUUCGUUUCCCGAUUUGCUCCUGACGAACCCCGCAAAGGCAGCGACGUCCUUGUCGAAGCUCUUGAGCGCGAAGGAGUCACCGAUGUCUUCGCUUACCCUGGCGGCGCAUCGAUGGAGAUACACCAAGCCCUCACGCGGUCCCUCACCAUUCGCAAUGUCCUCCCUCGUCAUGAACAAGGAGGGGUUUUUGCUGCCGAGGGCUACGCUCGCGCGUCAGGGCGAGUAGGCGUCUGCAUCGCCACGUCCGGGCCAGGUGCCACGAACCUCGUCUCUGGAUUUUCUGACUCGCUUCUCGAUAGCAUCCCACUAGUCGCCAUUACGGGUCAAGUCCCUCGUCGAAUGAUUGGUACUGAUGCUUUUCAAGAAACACCAAUUGUCGAGGUAACAAGAUCAAUUACUAAGCAUAAUUAUCUUGUUUUGGAUGUGGAGGAUAUUCCAAGAAUUGUAAGAGAGGCUUCUUUUUAG